CCAGCCCAGGGGCGGAACUGGUGUUUCCAUGGAGCCGGCUGUACACGGCAGGGACGAGCCCCGGGCGACGGGACGGCGGAGCGCCGGGAAUCGGCCAUUCCUCUCGGUGAAACUGCCCUCAGCUGGCAUGGGGAGAUGUCGUUAAACACCAUGAAAGGUUUUCUAAAAGGGUCCAGUGGGAUCCAUCCACUGAAAUCUAAGACAACGUACAUCGGUCGACUCGAGGAUUCUGAUCUGUGUUUGAAGAACGGAGGAAUCGAAGAUCGCCACGCUCUGAUUGAGCUAAGCGAUACCGAGAACUGCUUUGUUCUUCAGGACCUGAACUCCGUAAACGGGACUUUUGUUAAUGACUGUCGUAUCCAGAAUGCAGCAGUUCGGCUGGCGCCAGGGGAUGUGCUGCGCUUUGGGUUUGGCGGGGACUCUUACGAGAUGGCGGUAGAGACUGUACCUUCAGUGCUGUGCCCACCUGUGAGUCAGUGUUCACCAUGGCCUGGUCACCUCCAGCUCAUCCAGGAUGCCAGGUCUUACUCUGCCCCUGCCGCCACUUCCCAGCUCCCGGCGCUCUCCAGCCUGAGUUCUACAAGUGCCCCUAGUGGGUUGGUCCAAGGAGGGGGCGUCACUGUUCCUCGCCCGCCCCUGAGAAAGCGGGCGGCGAGCGCGGGCAACAGGCGGGCGGCUACCACCUACUGCACUGACGGCAGCGGCCCCCCUGCCAUCACACGAGGGGCCUGGACUAAUACUCCAGGUCGGUCUGUGGAGAACAGGCCUCCUAUCUCUACCUUUCAGAGCCUGGAACUUCUGCUACAUGACAAGGAGCAACAAAUCCUGGGAAUGCAAGACGAGAUCAGCCGGCUGGCUGUUUUUGAAAGCAAGUCCAAGCACAAAGAUGGUAUCAUUGUCACGUUACGUGAUGAAGUUGCUGCCUUGAAGCACCAAUUGACCGAAGCGAAUAACGAUGAGCCAGAGAUCACGCAGCAUUUAGUCACCCUAGGCUAUGAGAUUAAAGCCAAGAAGGAGGAGAUUGAGAUGCUGAAAGAUCAGAUUACCAAGCUUCAGAAGGGCUCCAGUGAGGUAAUGCGACACUCUCUGACCGAAAGAGAUCUGGAGAUUGCUAAACUCAAGAAGGAAGCCGAACAGCUCAAGAAAGACAACAGCAUUAUCACAGGACUGGUGACCAGCUUGCAACGCGAGGUCACAGCGAAGGAACACCAGCUGCUGCAGGUAAAUGCGGAUGUAGAGAGGCUGAGGAAGGUCGUCCAGGAGAAGAGCAGUCAGCUGGCGGACAUGUCGGCCAAGUUUUCAAGAAUGAGAGAAGCCAACAAUCACCAAGAGGAGCUGGUGGCCAAAGAGAAGGAACUGGUGACCCAAAGGCAUAACAUGAAGCAGCUGGAGAGCCGAUUGAAGGAGAUGGAGUCAGAGAUCGAGCAGCUUCGUGGCCAACAGGACAACGUGAAAAGAAGUGUGUCUGAAGAGAGGCUGGCCCAGGAACAGCUCCGGGAUGAGCUGGAGAGGACCAAGCUCCAGCUGCAGGAGAUGGGCCGAAAGGAGCGGCUGGUGAGGGUGGACCUGGAGCAGGCCCAGGCCAGGCUAGAGCGGUUCCGAAGUCGAAUCUUACAGACCACCUACUCUGCUCCUGGAGUUCAAUCCCCCAAAGAGGCUCUUUCAGAUCAGCAGGUGAUCGAGGAGAUGAAGCAGAUCAUCGAUGAGCGGGAGGAGCUCAAGGACAAGCUGCAGGAGGCGAUGGGUUUGAAAGCGGCGGAGGAAGAGAAGAGGCUCAGAGACAUGGAGGGACUGAGCAGAGCGCUGGAGGAGAGCGAGGCUCGUCUGCGCACUGACUUUGUGAACCGUGUCAAGCAGGAGUUUGAGACACUUCAAGCACUCUCAGUUGACCAGACUCUUCUGUCGGUCCAGAACGCUGUCACCGGCAUUUUAAAUAUCACUUUGUUAUGGUUGCACCAAUUGGAACAGAGCCUUGUGGAUGCUGGGAUAGACGUAUCAAGUUGUGAAGGAGGAAUCAGUGGAUGUGUCCAGUUGCUGCCACAGAAACUUCACGAGGCAGAGGAGCAAGCAAAGACCUUGCAGGAGCAGGUGGAUCAGAUGCAGAAUUCCAGGGAUCGUGAGAGAGAGGAGCAGCUGAAUGCUCUGCAGGCAGAGUGCAAGCAACAGAUGGAGGAAGAGUUUAGACGCUGGCAGUCAGAGGUUCAAGAGCAACACGAGCAGCAACUUGCCGAGGCGUUAGCGCUGGAGAAGGAGAAGGGGCUGGAAGCGGUGGCGGAGGAGAAGAGAAGGCAUGAGGAAACGGAACUUCGUCUCCAGAAGCUGAGUGAGGACGCAGCGGUGAAGCGUCAGGAGGUGGAGACUCUGACACUGCAGCUGAAAAACACAUCACAAGCACUGGACGAAGCAAGGAAGAUGGAGGUUGAUCUGCGCGAGGAGCUGGCAGCUCAGAGGCGACAGCAGAAAGCGGAGAGCCAGGAGCUCAGGAAUCGAAUUGAAGUCGAGGGACGGAGCCACCUAAAAGAGGUCACAGAGUUCAAGGAGCAGAUCCGGCAACAUUCUCGGACAAUCGUGGCCGUGGAGGAGAGGCUGCUCACAGUCAGUAAGCAGCAACGGGUGGCGGAAGAGGAAAGAGUGAUACUGUCAGGAAAAUUGAAAGACGCUAGAAAGGAGCUGGAAGAGAUGGAGAGGAAUCGGUCCAUGAAGCAGCCCGCGCAAACACCGUCACCCUUGAUUGUGCCAACAGCAUCGGACAUUCAUGCACAGGAACAGAUCUGCUCUGCACUCCAGAAAGAGGUAGCAGAGUCUCGGAUGCAGAUCCUGGCCCAGCAGGAUGUUAUCGUGGGAUUGAGAAGGGAUCUGGCUGGUGCAAACGCCAAGAUGUCUGACCUGGCAGGAGAGCUGAGCGAGAGACAGAAGGUGGAACUGGAGCAGAACCAAAGUCUGGUCCGUAGCCAGGCGCUGGAGCUGAGCACUCUGCGGCAGCAACUGGCCAAGAUGUCCCAGCUGGUAGACAAGAAGAAUGAAGAACUGCAAGGCAGGAACGCCGAGCUGAGGGCCUGCAAGGAGAAGCUAGAGGAGCAGAAAGCUACGAGGAAGGAGAAGGAGAUGCAGUGCAAGAAGCUGCAGCAAGAACUCAGUGAACGAGAUAACCAGCCACAGCAGAGCGUCGCGCACACUGAGUUGCAGGAUAAGGUGAACUCUGACCUGGCGAUGGUCGCUGCACAGUGCAGAGGUGACCGCCAUGAGGAGGUUAUUCAACGGCAGCGUGAAGCCCUGGCUGAGUUGCGAACCAGGAUAAGGGCUCUGGAACAAGCACACACUCCAAGAACCAGCCAAGAAGAAGCCUUACAGAACUUGAUGAUUCUGAAGAAGGAGCUGGCUGCCUUGCAGGCCCAGCGAACGCUGAGCAAUGACAAAUCCCCUGGCAGCUCCUUGCAAAGGAACGAUGAAGCUCAAAUGAAGCAACAAGGUGAAUCCUUCCCCCUUUCUAAUGCUUCCAUCGAGAGGACUUCAUUGCUGCAAAUGUCCGAGACCCUGGACCUCAGCGAGAGGACUUACCUCGACCUGGUGAAAGCUCUCUCAAGCCUGCUCAACGUGAAGGAGCUAUCGGGCUCACUGUCUCUGAAGCACGUUCCGCAGGACGAGAGGGAGAGCUUGGGGAAAGCCCGGCAGAGAGAUGUGCACCUGCUGAAUGGUUGCAUCCGUCAGCUGAAGACCCAACUGGUGAGGAAAGACGAACUCCUGGGAAGUUACGAGAAAGACCUGGAACAGCUGAGAUGCUUGCAGGUCACUCUGCACAAGAAACAGGCUGAGGCGGAGAGCUUACAGGGGCUGUUGCAGAGCCAGAUUGAGGAGAACAGCCUGUUGCGAGAGUCCAUGGAGCGAAUGCAGUCACACUUCGAUCAGGAGAAGAGAUUGAACAAAGCCAUCAAGACUAUCCACGUAGAACAGUUGGAGAGAAAAGGAAGCAAGUCCCCGUCUCACAGCUGUGUGAAGGAGGAUGUUCACGGGAAGGCCGAGUUUCGUCGGAAGAUGACGGAGGAGAAGCUGAAGAGGAAGGAUUAUGAGAUUGAAGUGCUGAAGAGAGAGCUGAGGAAGCAAGGCCAAGACCUCUGUGACACCACCACACGCCUCAUCAACCUCCAGAACUCUUUGGUAUGCAAGCACCACGCACAGAUUUACUGAGAUGAAACAGAGGAAGCUCCCAGAGGAAUGAGAAACAGACCAAUCCAAGAUCUACUGAGGUCUACACACACUCUCGCAGUGCAUCCUGGCCUGGUUCAUUGCUAGAGAAUUUAAUUUUAGAGAGACUUACUUGAUUUAUCAACAUUCAUGUGAAUUCUUAAAAGAUCUACAUUCAUGGUCUUGUCUGAUGAAGUAUUUGCUGAAACACAGUUAUUAUUGUAACAUGAGCAAUAUUGUGCCACAAUGAGGUCAUCCUCAGGGUGGAGGAGCAACACCUUGUAUUCCAUAUGAGCAGCCUCCAACCUGAUGGCAUGAGUAUCGAUUUCUCCUUCUGGUUAAAAAAAAUUCCCACCCCACCUCCCUUCUUCUCCUAUUCUGCACUCUGGCUUCUAACUUCUUCUCACCUGUCUAUAACCCUCCGCUGGUUCCCUCCUCCUUCCCUUUCUCCUAUGGUCAACUCUCCUCUCCUAUCAGAUUCCUUCCCUUCCAGCCCUUUACCUUUUCCACCCACCUGGCCUCAACCAUCACCUUCCUUCCCCUCUCCCCCCCCCCACCUUUUUUACUCUGACACCUCCCCUCUUUCCUCUCCCAUCCUGAAGAAGGGUCUCAACCCAAAACGCCGACUGUUUGUUCAUCUCCGUGGAUGCUGCCCGACCUGCUGAGUUCCUCCAGCAUUUUCUGUGUGUUGCUUUGGAUUUCCAGCACCUGAGGACUUUCUUGUGGCUAUGAACAAUUUUAUAAUGUCUACACUAACAUAAUGUCACCUGUUCCAUAUCGCUCAAUAAUUUAAACUUGCUUCAUUGACUGAAUUCUCAGCUGUACACUGUGUUCCACUGAACAAUAAAAGAGCAAAGAUCUAAAGCUGAUUGCUGUUGGAGAGCCAGAGACAUGGGCCCUUCCCUUUACGUCACUGCCCCACUGGCAUGCUAUGAAAGUGAAAGGGAAUUUGCUGUCCUCUUACUGGUUCUUGCCUCCACCAGUCCCAAUAUAAAAGAGCUAGAAACAUUGCUUGUUUCGACCAGCCUUGCCUUCCAUUGAAACCAGGAAAAUCAAAUGCACUUCUUGCCUCUUUAUAGAAAGGUUGGGAAUGAAAUGACUUUACCAAUUGGACGAGGCCAUGUGGGUGGUUGUCUUUCCAAGCUAACUUAUAGAGUUUUUGGCUCCAGGCAAGCAACAUCCAAACUGGUACGGAAUGACGUUUCAAACUGAAAGUCAAAAUCUCUGAACAUGUCACCUGAAGGUGUCUAGGUCAAGCUAAUAAGUAGGGACCUGAACUGCAUGCAACAUGUUGUUAGUCAGAGACCAAACCUGCGCCUGGGGCCACACUUACUGACUUGCCUGUCCGCACGUAAGCCAGUUGUCUGGUCAAUGAGACAUCAGUCCUGGUUCUGCCUUGGCGCUGAACUCCAUGUCAGGAGGAGCUUUUGGUUUCUCACCUCGUGUCCCCUCCAUUACUCCAACCUCAAAUAUUGCCAUAGAUGGGAAAGUGGGAGGCAGGCACAUGGAACGAUGGGGUCAGAUGUCACGGGGCAGCAGGUUGCUUGGGAACAGAGUCAAAAAAGCUGAAAAGGAGAAAAAUAGUAAUUGGCAAUAUUUAGCACAAACAAUAUUGUUUGACGGUAUUUGAAAUCAAGAAAUAACUAUUAAUUAAAUGCAAUUAAAAAGCUGGGUCUGAAGUUUCCCCCAAUUUCACCCUCGAAAUUUAAAGUGACCAAGUACCCUGGGUUUUGUAAGAGAAAAGCAAUAGGAUUUUUGCUCAGUGACAAUGUGACUUCAGUUACAGUGAUGGGAGAUUUCAUUAAACUUUAACU